AUGACAUCCAGCGAUACUCUGCUUGUCUAUAUAGAGGGGUUGAGCGGUAACGUCGUGAUGUUGGACAGCUCCAAUAACGGCGGCACGCUACUGCUCGGGAAUUCUUUCAGCGACGAGGUUGAGCCUGCGGACUACACGUCAGUCGCCAUCAGCCCCAACGGCACGAUCUUUUACGGGCUUAACCAAGCCACUGGGGAUCUGUUCCAGCACGCUAGGACUCCGGAUGGUGACCUUGGGUCGGUGAUAUGCAGCGUCGCCACAGGCGAACCGGACGCGUAUAACAGGUUGCUGCCGUCACCGGAUGGAAACCACAUUUUCGUGGCUGAUGGAGAACGGCUGCUCACGUUCGAAGUUGGUGACCAGACACCGAGCCCGACAUCGCUCCCGACGACACUUAUUCCUUCACCGUCGCCCACUGAGAGCCCCACGUCGGCACCCGUCGGCACUCCAAGACCUACACCUGGACCAACUCCGGCCCCUUCCACGAGACCCCCCACAUUAGCGCCGGCGCCAACGCCUGGUGAAGGCACUUCAACACCUACACCUGGACCAACGUUGGCUCCGACGACAUCAGCGCCGUUGCCCACGAGUGGCCCAGCCGUGGCUGUUCUGCUUCCUGCGCCAAACCUCGAGUCUGCCGUGCUCUCUGACACGCAAAGGACGUUCUCCCUGCAGUUCAGCAGUAGAUGCUUUUGUACUGAGGUCGGCUGGAGUGGUGCGAAUGUGGCACUCUGCGGCUACGACAUCGUUUCGGGGGAGUAUGACAAAGGGUACAUUCUUGGAGGGAUCCCGUCGGUGUCGGACGGCGUCAUCGAGUAUGCCACAGGAACGGUAUCUCUCGAAGCCCGUACCGCCCCGCCCGAGCUGCUCCAGGCCAUGUUUUCAAACGACGGGGAAUCGAUCAUCGUCGCGUUUUCACCCGAGAGCUCAGCAAGUAGCGGGCUGCUGAACGCCACCGACACCGCAUCAGGAAGCGGCCCGGGGUCGUGCAAAGCGCUGCUCAAUGCAUCCUCGAUUGCCACCAUCGGCGAAGGGGCAGCAUGCGAAUGGACGGGGGAGCGAGAGUUGACCAUAGCCAUCGGCUACGAUGCAAUAGUCAAACCGGACACGGGCUCCGGAGUGUCAUGCCUGAGCCAGGCUUCCUGCAUAAGCCUUCUCGACGGUGGCGUCCGCACGGAGGCACUAGCUGUUCUCUCCUCCGAGGGCUCCACACCAGUGUUGGUCCCUGAGAACCCUCCUGCGGUAUCGGCGGUCCUGGUAGCCCCUCAGACCGUGGGGUUAUGCGGCACGCUCACGCUAGACGGACGGGCGUCCUCAGGGGCACUUUCGCGGACGAUGUCGGCGUCCUGGAACGUUUCGGCCGCGUCUGUCGCCAACACGAGUAGCAUUGAGGCUGCUCUCGCGUUGUUUGAAGGAUCUCUGGUCGCAGAACUCGACGCAGCUGCGUUAGAGCCCGGGGUGAAGUUCAUGUUUGCCCUGACCGUGGGGAACUUCCUUGGCGACACGAACGGAGUAACUGUCGCCGUCACGAGAAUAGCCGAGGACAUACCGUCGGUUGCAGUUCUUGGAUCAGCAACACGAGUUGUGAAGAGGAGCCGGCCAACCUCCCUGAGGAUCACAGCAACAUCACCGGCGUGCGGCGAAAGGCAGCAGCUCAAUCAUUCGUGGUCCGAAGUUGGUGGAGCUGGAUACGACGAAAUCGGUACUGAAGUGUUUCAGGGCUUAGCGCAGCGCGAUCCUACGGCCAUUACGUUUCCUGCGUACACCCUGGGCUAUCCGGGGUCCAGCUACCUCUUUGCCGCAACUGCGACUUCGCAGCUGUCCGAAGCGAGCGCCUCAAUGACCGUGGAGGUUUCUGUUGAACAAGGGGUUCUGCGGGCCAACAUCCAAGGGGGCGAAUUCCGCCAACAUUCUGCAGGCAACGACCUUGUGCUGGACGGGAGCGACUCGGUGGACGACGACGACAUCACGGAACUAGACAUGCGGUACGAGUGGUGGUGUUCACAGAACUGCACGUCACAAGAUGACUGGACUGCGGACGCAGACGGAUCCGUACUGGUCAUCCCUUCCGAGGAGUUGGAGUCAGGGCUGAUCUACGAGUUCUUCCUCAACGUCAGCAAGGGCAGCGCCGAUUCUUCCGACUUAUACAGUCAGCUCCGCUGGGAUACGGUCAGCGUCAAAGUGCAGGUUGUGUCCUUCGAGGCUCCCGAGGUGGUUUUGAUCUCCAAGGACGACAGCCUGAAGCAAGACCCUACCAAAAAAGUGGUCAUCUAUGGAUCUGUCUCGGAACAGUCAUCGUCGUACGAUCUCCUGUGGACCCAGGCCGAAGGGGACCUCGACCUGGAAGAGCGGGAGUGGAGCACGGUUUUCGCUACUGCUCAGACGGGGGCCAACCUUGUGAUCCCAAGAGGGUUGCUCACCGGUGGAUCUACCUAUACCUUUCGCCUGUCAGCAACGGACGUGGCUUCCCAAGCAACAGGCUUUGCGGAUAUGACGUUGACAAUAAACGCGCCCCCCACUGGGGGCCACGUCGUUGCUUCUCCAAGGGCGGGAGUCGCAGCGAUCGAUACGUUUGUGCUGGAGAGUCUAGAUUGGACGGACGAAGUGGACGACCUCCCACUACUGUUCUCCUUUUCGUACAACAAUGAGGAGGAAAGCGGCCAGCAACGCAGCCUUUCCGUGUUCGCGGUGGAAUUGCCGGAGUGGCAAGGGUCGUUGCCUCUCGGCCCAUCGUCGGACAACUACACGAUGUUGAUCAAAGGCCAUGUAUCUGAUAGUUUCGGGGCAACGGCAGUGUCAACAAGCGACGCCAUUGGGUCGCCGGUGACUGUUCGGGUUACUGGUUGGACUGCUUCAAACGGUGAUGCUACAAUCAUCGACGCCUACCAGGCUGCACAUGACGAGACCGCCGACACCCCAGGAGAAGCAACAUCAACUGUCCGGGCGUACGCCUCCUUACUGGUGGACCAAUUCGAGGAUGCGUCUCCGUACGUCCCAGAGGAAAUUGCAUUGUACCAGGGUUUGAUGGCGACCAUGGUUCAAGACACAGCGGGUGACUUCGAGGUGUUGGAGUACUCCACAACGACCGCGGGGGCACUACUAGAUGCGAUGGUGCUGGUGUCAGGGAGCGAAAACCUACGAACAUCGGAUUCGCAGGAGGCGAUUCUGUCUUUGUCCGCUGGGGUACUGGAGCGUGCGCUAGAAGAGGAGUCCUGGGAUUCGGACUCCUUCAGCCCCACCCUCGAACUACUUGAUAACGUCAUCGGCGGAUACAACGCUUCUUCACCUGGAGUUGUGGGACGAGAGGAGCUCGGUGAUGUUGCCGCCGAACUAUUGCCGGAAACGGUGAGAUCGAUGGCGCUACUGAUGACAUCAAGCCUGGAAGACGGAGAGGACGCGGCACUCAUUGGGAACAGUUUCAUUGAUGUGCUGGGCCUUGUCACCUCGAAGACCGCGGCCAUGGACUUCGACGCUGGUUCAUUAUCGGUAUCUGUUCCUGAGGGUGCUAUAAACCCCACAAGCGUGCAACGGAGAAGAAGACGAAUGACGACCUCAUCCUCUAGUUCAGCGGGCCGAAUAAUCAACGGUCGCAUUUUGCAACGACGCCGGAUGGACUCGAUUGCGACGGCGUCAGCCACAAUAACGAUCGCCAGCCUACAGUUCAGCGCCAAUGGCAGACCAUCAAGCCAAGUAGAUGCUGGGGUAUCGAGCAUAACAAUCACCACCUCAAGUGGAGGCCAGGAUAUUGCCCUCUCAGCACCAGUUCGAAUGACGAUGAGGGCUUCAAUGGCGACAACGUUGUCCAAUAGCCCAUCCUGCGUGUACUACAACGAGAUUACCGGGCUCUGGGAUGAGGAUGGGCUAGUAACCGAGGCCGCCAUAACGCCAAUGGACGAAAGCAACGCGGAUGGACUAACGGGUUUGAACGUUACCUGUUGGUCGUUUCACUUGUCGGACUUCACAAUAUCUGCGGACGAAGUCGGCUCGGGUUUUCAGCAUGUGGACUUGACCGCGGGGAUAGCCGUCUUUCUAAAGGUGCGGGAAAUCUCCAAGAUGGGUGGCCUGCUACUGCUUUUUGUCCUGCUGCUGCUAGUGCUCCUCCGCACCACCGCAAGAAUGGCGGAUGUCAAGACUAACCUCAGCAAGCAGUUGGCAAGGAAGACCGACGAGGUCUACGUAGCCACCGGGAAGUCUCGGAAUCGCCCUACCUUGGCAGCGUUGGUCCAAGCGGACCCGACACCUGACACGCACCACCGCCACGCGAGAAGGCGGUUGCAAAGACGCGCCAAGACGGCGGUUCGGCAGUAUAUGAUGAAAAGCUUGGCUGUUUCGAUGCCGGCUUCCAUCCUAAUUCCCAAGCUGUUCGCGACUGCAGCUGCCCCCCCCCCGUCGGUCACGGUGACAAUGCUCCAUGCGUGGGAAAAGAUUGUCCCAUCCACGAACCAAGAAGUUCUAACAGCCCAAGACAUGACCAAUUCCAAGGCCAACUCCCAAACGAGGUGGCUGCGGGAGCCGAACACGGUGAUGGCAGUUUUUCGUCUGAUUUCCUCGGCGGUGUUGAGGAGCACAUUGCGAGUGCCGCCGUCAUUCCGAGGGGGUCGACGGUACUCCACGGGUGGGGCUGUUGAUCGUGGAACGAACCUGGUGUGGUCCGGCCUCUGGCAAAUGUUGCUCGAUUUGGUGUGCGUCGCGCUAUCGGCAACGAUUGGAAUCGAAGACCAGCUGGAGAAAGCUCUAAUCUCCACUACCGUGGCGGGCCUGCUUCUGGGGCUCCUCUUCCUUGAUGCUGUUCUCUCCACAAGGGCGUCGUCGUUCAGCAUAUUGAACUUUAAUGUGCUCUUCUCGAUCGUGUUCGCGAGGAUAGUGGUGACCGCGUUGCAGGUCGUCCUGGCAUUCCACGGGGUGCGAAACGCGGCAUCGUCCACUGCGUUGUACGGAACGUUGUUCGCCCUCUCCGUCGUCAAGAUAUUUGGAAGCCACAAGAAUGAACUGAUGCCCUGUAUGGACGCGGUGAAUCAAAGAUACAUGUCCCAGAUAUCGAUGGCCAAAAUGUACCGACCGCCGCCCAAGGUGGACCACAGCCACCAGCACGUCAGCUCCUCGACCAUCGACCUUUGCAUUUUGCGCAACACGGCUGCGGUAAAGAUUCAGACCCUGGUGCGAAUGUACCAAGCCCAUCAGAGGGCUGUUCGGCGCCAAGAAGUGGUCGUAUGGCAGUGUCCUCGCGUCAAAAGCAUGCGAAGGCGACUGACGUUUCGGGCCUACACAUGCCUCAUCGUUUUCACCGCGUCGGUUGCAUGGAUCAACCUCUGCUACGUGGUCAUGUACGAUGGUCCUGCUAUACGGUGCGGGGACUGCCACAAUUUCCAAUAG